GUUUGUGGCUGACUUAGCGGACAUAGGUUGCAGCAACAGUUAUGAAAUUUGUAGUGAGCGCUAUUCUGGUUCUGGUCUUCAAUUUUGCCCGAGAAACCGUAUCCCACCUCCAGUGCUUGGAUUUUAAGCCUCCAUUUAAACCAGCAAAGAAUUUAAACAUUUGCAAAGAAUAUGAGGCGUUCGGAUGUUGUACAUCAAAGGAUGAUUCCGAAAUUGCAACGAAAUACAAUGAAAUAACAAAUGCUAUGACUGAAAGCCAGCUGUCUAAAUGUGGAAAGUUUCUAACAUCCCUCUUGUGUCAAAAAUGUUCGCCCUACGCAGUUCACAUCUACAACGCAGAAGAUGAUCAAAUAGCCAACUCGUUUCCUGGUAUCUGCCAAUCAUACUGUGAAUCUCUCAUGCAAGAAUGUUCUUUCCUCAUUCCAAUGGUUACGGAUGAUGCAAAUUUGAUUGAACUUUCGAAAAAUGAAGAUUCGUCUAAAUUUUGUUCAACUGUACAAAUUCCCGAUGCUCAAUAUUGUUAUCCUGAUGUUGCAAAUAGCGAAGAGUUAAUGAAAAAUAUCGGCACGGUUGAAUUUUACAAAACAAAGAAUCAGUCUAGCGAUAAAAAAUCGUGCACGAAAUUAUGCGUUGAAGAGAUUGCAAACGGAUUAUCCAAUCCGAUUCAAGUGAGAAGUGCAAACGAUGGAACUCAAAGGCUUUUUGUACAAGAACAAGGAGGUGCAGUCUGGAUAUACUUGCCAGAUAAAUCCAAAAUUUCCCAUCCGUUUUUCAAUAUGCGUGAUUUGAAGCUAGCUGAUGAUCAAACCUUCGAUUCGCGAGGCAUGUUUGACUUUGUUUUUCAUCCGAACUAUAAAAGCAAUGGACUGUUUUAUGCCCACUAUCUUAUUGUCACGGAUACAAAUCCUAGUCUCACAAUAAGCGAGUUCAAGGUAUCUGAUGUUGACAUGAAUCGAAUUGACCCGAAAUCUCGGAGAGAUAUAUUAAGUGUUCCAGAACCAUCGCCCAAUAACCAAGGGGCUCAUUUGCGUUUUGGUUUAGACGGAUAUUUAUAUAUUUUCAAUGGUGAUGGCGUUGGCGACACAUCGACUGAAGAGGAUCCUUACGGAAAAUAUGGAAGCAGUCAGAACAAAAAAACUCUACUUGGUAAAGUUCUGCGAAUAAAUGUUGACGAUAGACCACGGGGUCGUCCUUACUCUAUUCCCCCUGACAAUCCUUUUGUCAAUGACGCAGAAUAUUCUCCAGAAAUAUAUGCACUGGGAGUUAAAAAUAUGUGGAGGUGUGGAAUGGACAAGGGCGAUGAAACAGGUAAAAACAGAGGUCGUGUGAUAUGUGGUGAUGUUGGGGAUGCCGAUUACGAAGAAGUCAAUAUUUUAAAGAAAGGUGCAAAUUAUGGUUGGAAAUAUUACGAAGGAUAUUCCUGCUUUGGAAAUCGAGACUGUGACAAUAUUAACAUAGAAAAUUACGAACCACCUAUCCAUGUCUAUGACCAUACAGUUGGAAUAUCAGUUAUGGGAGGACAAGUAUACCGAGGAUGUCAGAUGCCAAACAUGAAGGGAAAAUAUAUAUUUGGAGAUCUGCUCGGGAAAAUUUUCCAGUUAGAAGAAGAUUCUCAAGGGAAAUGGAUGAAUGAAACCAUAUGUAUUGGAUCCGCAAAUAUUUGCAAAAAUGGUGGAUUGCAAAGUACUCGCGCCAACUUUAUAUUGUCAUUUGGGGAAGAUGAAAAUGGCGAACUUUACAUAAUCGGUACAGAUGACUUCUCGCCAGGAAAUACCGCCGGAAGAAUUUACAGGCUGAUAGACCCAUCACGAAGAGGGGAUCCUGAUAUAUGUCCGAAUCCCAAAGCGAAAGGGGUCAUUUUAGGAGCAGGGACGUCAACUAUACAAUAUAAAAUUAACUGAUCCAUCACAGAUGAUAAGUUUGCUAAACCACUACAAGGAGUUUUAGUUUGAUUCAUUUCUUGAUUCAUUCAUCUAACAUGACCUCGAUAAUAAAUAAACGCCACUAUCACAA